AUGUCUACUACUCCCUCCACCUCUCCUGCAACUACUCCUGAUUUGGAAAAUUCCCUCAAAUACGGCAAUGAUAACGUUAAAGCUAUAUACCUGAGAAAUAUAUUAACCGAGCAUCCUACAAAGAAACGUCGAAUAGAACAGGGCUGGAAAUCAUAUACUGCCUCUGAUGGUCAUUCCGUAGAAUUGCCAUCCCAAAUAAUUGACAUGCUUGAAAGUGGCAAAUUCGUACCUGAUAACUGCAUCGAUUUCCAAAAUGCCUUCCAGAACCUUAGUGCUCGCCAAUCAAUUACCCUACCACAUUUUGGCCAGGAACCUAAACACUUCGCUGAAGGUUAUCAAGGAAAGGCAUUGCUUGUUACUGGGCAAAUGAUUGACAUAUGGGACAAGCUUUCAGCAGAUAGUGACCAUUCAAUCAAGCGUGUUCUUUCAGGCCCAAUGGGUGUGGAUAAAUCAUAUAUUACCUAUUUCCUUGCAGUUAAAGCUUAUGCUGAAGGAUGGCUGAUGCUCUAUAUUGCAGAUGCAGCUGAGCUAAGUUUAAACACGUCAGAGGAAGCAGGAAUGGUGAUUUGCAAGUACUUCCUGGCUCUUAAUAAGGAUAUUUUGACUGGCGCCGAGCUUGAGCUGCUUGUGAAAAAUGAAAAUGUUGAUUAUUCUUCUAGUAAGGUUGCUGGAAAAAUUCUGGGAAAUCUACUCAAACAAGUAGAUCGUAAAACUCUUUUAAUUAUUGAUGAGCAUGGUGUAUUAUUUGAAAAGGACCCAGUACCUGAAAGACUUUAUAUUUUGAAACCUCUGAUGAACCUUACUUUUUGGGCUGAACAUUACAAAGGUGUACGUGUAAUUCUCACGGGAACUGCACAUGCUAAAUAUGAGAUGAUAUACAUGAAAAAUGUUAAUGAACUCGAUCCCAAUACUACCGAUGUAAAUGACUUUCAAGAAGUACUAAAAAUUUUUGAGAAUGAACGGAUUGAUCAGCUUCUGGUUAUUGUUCAAAGUUAUUAUAAUAGUCUCCAGAAAAAUGAAAAAAUCCGUUACUAUGAUUCUCUUACAAGCAUGUUUCUUCCCAGUAAACCAAUUGUGCAGUUUGAGUGGACAUUCUUAGAUCUUGGGUUGAUUAUCGGAAGUCUGAAUGGAGAUCAAUUUGAGGAAGCCUUAUUCAAUCGACUUGUGUGCAAAUCUAACACAACAAUACAAUUCAAUAUAACGGAUCUCAAUAAUAAAAAUAGAAAUGUUGUUAUGCUCCAGUUUGAUGACUAUGCUAUAAUCAAGUCUUCUGGCUUAUCCCUUGGACCUGGUUUUAAUAAAGUUUUAAGUCGCGGCUUUGACAGAUAUCCCCGAUUCGAUUACAUGCUCGGACCUAUAUUCAUACAGGUAUCUGUCAGUGACUUCGUAACACACAACAGCAAACCAUCAACAAACAUCAGGCAAGCAUUUGAAGUAAUGUCUGCACAAGCUGGUAUCUCUCAAAUGCAAAUUAAUGGAAGAAACCAGAUCGAGAUGUAUUUGGAUGAGAUGUAUGGUUCCGGUCAUUCUGCUGAAAUAGAUUCAAGAAAUAAGUUUGUUGUUACCCAAAAUGGUAGGCACGUGCCUGGAUUUCGUAUUGCCUAUAUUCGAGGUAGUCCUGGAAUUUCCAAACACCCGAGAAAAGUUCAUGAAUUCCCUGAUGUAGCACAUGUCACCUUUGAAGAGAUCACGAGACAACUUUUCAGAAACAUAGUAUAA